GCAGCAGCAGCAUCCGCAUCAGCACCGAGCUGCAACCGUCGCUGCUUUUGUCUCUGCGCAUUUUGCCAGCUUCUCUCCCACACUCACUCUCUCUCCCUCGCGCGUGCGUGCGUGCGCGUGCACAAAGUUGCACGUCUUGGAUCGUUUUGCUCAGUUCCUGCGAAGUAAUUGGGGAGGAGACAUCCCCUCACCCCCCUCCAUCAUCAUCUCGACACCCCCGGUACAUCAACGGUCCAGGCUUCUUAGCAUGGGAUCGCGGCCGCCACUUUCACAGACCCCGUGCAGCAAGACAGUGGCUGUGUGAGAAAAGGUGGGAGGCGGCCCUGCCUCUUCGCGUGUCACCAUCAUCGUCAUUAUCAUCAACCUGUGCUUUUUUUUCCCCUUUUUCAGCGCUCGUCUUACGACGGGUGGACCCCUUCGAGUUACGAGGACUUUUUACCUCCGCUGGCCUGCGGCCGAGCUGAGUGUCACGGUCGCCGACACUGACUCCCCCCCAUUACAACCACACCUCCCCCUACUCCCCAGUCCUUCACAUCCCCUCCUAUUGUUGGCACAGUGUUCACGGCGAGUGUGUUUUGGCGUCUUCCUGGCGAAAUCUGUGAGUGGCGAGUUUGUGGAUUCAGGCAUUUGCUUUGCCUGGGUGGGCCAGUGUUCGGUGUGAACAGGAGCACAGCAGACUGGAGUGUGGAUGCUCGACAGUGACACCCACCCCUUACCCCUGUCUCCGUGACGAACAGGGGAGUAAAACUGGCGAGAAGGACUUAAAACAUUGUGCUUCAUCUUUCCUGGCUUUUUUUUCCCCUUGAAGUGUGUGAUAAGAGACCAGAAAGAAAUUCACAAAUUUUCCAUCAGUUCUCAAAACUUCCGGAGUGCUGUCAGAAUAAAAGAAUUUUUUUCUCGUGGACUUGUGAUACCGCUUAUCGAGAUCCAGAUGUCCCGCCAUCAUCAUGAUUACAUAUUUUCGCGAUACCGUCAUGCCGGACUCCCCUGAAACCAAGAGCGCCUUGCAGAUAUCCGUGUCCCCCUCCACAGCAAUGUCUGGCGUAACGGCCGGAGGUCGCCCCCUCUCUACCAGCAGCAGCAUUUCCGGCAUCAACGGCUCCCACUCGCCUUUGAGUGGCAUCAACGGGCGAACGCCCUCCCCUCCGUCAGCAAGCUCCAUGAUGAAUUCGGCCAUCGGUCAGCAGUUGCCACCGGCCUGUGGAGCUCGACAGCUCAGCAAACUGAAGCGAUUCCUGACAACACUGCAACAGUUUGGAUCCGACAUCUCACCUGAGAUUGGCGAGCGUGUACGCACUCUUGUCCUGGGACUGGUUAAUUCACAUCUGUCGAUUGAAGAGUUUCAUGCAAAACUCCAGGAAGCCACAAACUUUCCCUUAAGGCCUUUUGUCAUUCCAUUUUUAAAGGCAAAUCUUCCACUUCUGCAACGCGAACUCCUGCACUGUGCACGGAUUGCAAAGCAAACUCCCCAGCAGUUUCUCACACAAAACGAGCACAUAGUCUUUGAUCCUGCCCACUCACCACUUGAGUCGCAGGAUUCGAUAAUCUCGGAACUAAACGAGAAUGGGAAGCGACGCUCAACUCCUGAAAGUGGGUUUUGUUUCAGCCGGCCAAAAGAAAAUGGCUCAAUGGACUCCUUGGUGUCGGAAUCCAUGCACAGUGCAAAGCGCCAUCAGCCCAACAGCCCCAUGGGAAGUAGGAUCAGUCCAAAUGGCAGCUUGAACUUGGGGUCUGGAGCACCCAUCCGUCUGGAGGAUAUAAGCCUGUCACGAGAAAUACGUGAACGCGAAAGACUGGAAAGGGAACGAAUAGAGCGUGAACGAGCUGAAAGGGAACGGGAGCGGCACUUCUCUGGCAGUUUCAGUUAUGCCAGGUCUGAUUCAUUUGAUCCUCUCGAACGUUUGGAUGAUGACUGGCGACAUGUAGAAACGAUGUUAAACUGUAUCCAGGGCAUGGUGGACAAAACCAAACGAGCUUUGUCAGUCCUGCAGGAGCGAAGCCUCCGUGAUCGUGAAGAACUUACGAUGUGGAUGAGAAGGCAUGCUGAAGGGAUGGACCAGGACGUGAAAAAGCGUACAACUGAUAUGAUGGCAUACACAGUUAGACAGACAGAAGACAGAGUGCUGGAAGUCCGUAGAAGAGCAGAAGAAGCUGUGAACGAGGUGAAGAGGCAAGCCAUGCUAGAGCUGCAAAAAGCUGUGGCCGCAGCCGAGAACAAGGCAUCUGAUACUGUCAUGGCUGAACGGAUUAAAAUGGAGCGCAUCCUGGCUCAGGCCCGCAGUCAAGCAAGGGAUGAAAUCCUGGGGGUCAUCAACCACCAAGAAGAGUCAAGUGAGAGUUGCUGGAACUGCGGGCGAAAGGCAAGUGAGACAUGCUCUGGGUGCAAUGUUGCCCGGUAUUGUGGGUCCUUCUGUCAACACAAGGACUGGGAGAACCACCACCUUGUCUGUGGCAAGGCUCAGGUCAACACCAUUGCCCAAGCUCGUGACCAGCGCCGCAGUAUCACCGCCACCUCCACUAGCACAUCCAGUGCUACUGUGGCUGGGAAGGAGAUACCCAGCACUACCACCACUAGCAGCAGUGACCACUGUUCCUCAUCAGCACCACCAUCGGUGCCAACAACCAGCUCAGAGUCAAGCUUGACAACAGUGAAUGGAAAUAUACCUGUAGGCGUGAUGACUUCGACGGCUGCCCCCACACCCCCCGUAUCUGACGACAGGAGGUCUGUUUCUCCACCAACAGAUGUAGGAAAAAUCAUUACUCUGGAAACGUCGAGGUAGACAAUACAGAUCCCAGGAGUAAAGGAACCCUUCCCCUGGCAUCUAAAAGUAUUAUACUCACUUAUGGGACUUACCUGCAGCAGUGGUUAAACAAUUUCUCUAGCUGUUUGGAUUCAUGGAUUUUCUGUUCUCUGGUCAGGACAUUCUGGCAAGUGGCACUGAGGACAUCCAGGGUAAUCAAGACUAUUCUAAUGACUGGAAGACACCACCUAUAAAGGUGAUGAUCUUUUACUUGUCUCUCUUACGUGGUCUUGGUUUGGGGGAGAAAAAAAACUGCAGGUACCUAUGUGGAUUGAUAGCCAAAAAAAAAAAAAAAAAAGACUGACGUGAUAUCCUGGGACACACUGUUUGGUGGAUGGUUUUCACAAACUGAGUGAAAGCGGCUUGAAUAUUGUGACCAUUGUAUCCAUUAAGUUUCUGUUCUCCUUUCUCCCUCAUUUCCCAGCUAUGAUCGGCAAUUUAAAAAAAAUUUAAAUGAGCUUUAAGUUGGCCAAUUUUUGUGUUUUCAAACUUGAUUCAGUGGACUUGGUGGUUGGUAAUUUCCUUCCAGAUUUUUCAACAUGAGGCAAGCAUAAUCAAACUCCCUGUUUUAAUGCUUUGUUGGUGAAGCUGAGAAGGGUUGUAUGUUACAUGCUAGCAGCUUGUGAACAUUUUAUUUUGGUCGUGCAACCACUUAUUUUGAUCUCAGCCUCCAGAAUGAGGUACUGCAUGCCAGUCUUGCAUGAUCUGUUAUAGUGGUGUUUGCAGAUUAUGUCGUUCAGUACCUCCACAUUGGGCAAGGCCCUGUAUUUAUAUAUAAAUCCUUUAUCAAGCAGAUACCAAUGUUCAUACCAAAGAUGUUUGCUCUGACCUGCAUGACACUAAUGUUCUAAAGCACAAAAAGCUUAUGUAGGCCAAAACUGCAUGCAAACUGAAGACUUCUAUUUGUGGGUAAGUCAGACAUGGUUUAGUCAGGAACUUGCUGUGUUCUGUUACGAGCUGCUGAUAAAUGCAGAAAACGUUCAGUUUGCUGGACUUUGGAUGUACUGUAUUUACUGUCAUGAACUCGGAAUAAAAAUACUCUGAAUCUGAAAGGAGUGUGUGCCAAGA